UGGCGGCUGUUUGCCGACAGUCACUUCUUCAGCUGUAGGGAUACAUUUUCCGUCAAUUUGAAUCAGAAAAGAAUAAAUGAAAUCAGCGAUUAAGAGUAAAAUUCAUCGUCUUUUGUGGCAUAGACACCGCAGAUAACAUUUUACAGAACACCAGACCUACUUUGAGUGUACUCUUGUGUCCCAUUUGGUCCUGCUUGGUCUCAAUAAUCAACUGGACCUGGUGGUUCUGCACAAUGAUGGCUCCAGCAUAAGUAGACUGUCAGACACCAGCAGUCAUGGAGAAGUUUGGGAUGACUUUUGGGGGUGGGCCGAGCAGGAAGGAGCUGCUGGACACCUUGGAGACUCAGAAGAAGCAGCUGGUCCAAUACCAGACCCGGUUCAGGGAUGUUGUCAGGGCCUAUAAGAGCCUGCUGAAAGAAAAGGAGGCACUGGAGGCCAGUCUGAAGGUCUUGACCGUGUCUCAGGAGGUGGACCUGACCCAACAGGGCCAGGUCACUGCCACAGCUUCUGCCAUUGACCUCCCAGAUGAUCGCUGCUCACUCCACAGUGAAGGCAGUGUGGACACGGCAGCAUCUACAGACCUGCUAACCAGCAUCACAAGUGAGACAGCCAGUGGAGACCAGAGUGAGGAGGACCAGGGAGAACCCCACCCUGAGACCAGCAGCUCUGAGACUGCUGUGAGCUCUGGCAGCAACGGAGGUGUGGAACAACAGGCCACACCCCCUGCUAUUGCAGAUGCUGACCGACGAGUUGCACAGCUGAAAAGCCAACUGAGCACGCUCACCAGUGCCCUGGCCACAGUGACACAGGAGAAGUCGUGGAUGGAGGCAAGCUUUCAAGCUGACAAACGGGUGCUGAAGCAAGAGGUGGAGGACCUGCAGGAGCGGCUCCUCACUCAGCAGAAGCAGCAAGAGGUGGAGCUGCAGACUGUACAGGAUCAGCUCGCAGAGAGCCGUGCCCGAGUCAUCACCCAGCAGCAUGAGAGGGAGCAGGAACAGGGAGACCAUGUCCACCAGCUGCGAGAGUUGCAGAAGAUCUUGCAACAAGAGCGGGAUCUGCGACAAGAUGCUGAGCUCCGCUUACAGGAUGCCAAUGCCGCCCUCCAGCUGACAACAGAGGCUGUGGACCGGGGGGCAGAAUUUGAGGCUCACCUGAAUCAGGUGAGGGAGGAGAGAGAUGAGCUGAGGAAGAGACUGCAGGCUGCUGAGGAAGACCAGAAGAAACCAGAUCCCAGAGUGGAGGAGCUGCAGCAGGAGUUAAUGGAGCUGAAAAACCACUUCCAGCAGCAGAUGCAGAUGGAGACCAGGAAGGUGUGUCAGGCAGAGGAGAGUGCACGAGACCGUGCUCAAGCGGAGGAGCAGCGGGUGGCGGCUCUGGAACAGCAGGUCUCAGAGCUGUCAGAGCUGUUGGGUUCCUGUGAGAAGGCAAGGCAGCGUGACCAGCAGGCGGCUCAGAGGCUCCGAGAGCGGAUCUUGCAACUCGACACUGAGAACAAGACCCUUGCCAUCGCUGCCUCUAGCAGGACGACCUCUGACCUCUGUGUGGAUGAGAAUCAGUUGGAUGUGACGGUGCUGAGGGAGAAGCUUGAGAAAGUGAAAAAACUGCUUCAGCUGGCAGCUCAGAGGAACCCGGACCAGACACCGAGCAUCGACAUGCUUGCCGAUGUGGAGGCAGAGCUUAGUAGAGACAAAUUGGCUUCGUACUAUCAGCAGGAGCUGCGGCAGGUGAAGGACGAGUUUGAACGUUACAAGGUGAGGGCACAGGUGGUGCUGAAGAACAAGAAUGCCAAAGAUGGGUGCCAGGCCAGAGAACUGGAAGAAGUGAGGGACCAGCUGACCGAACUGAAGGAGAAGUACAUCAACUUGAGGAUUCAGAGUGAUGAGGCAGAGGCUAAGCACCGCCAUGACCUGGAGGAGCGGCAGCAGCAGAUGGUGACACUGCAGCAGAGCCAUAAACAGGAAGUGGAGCGGCAAGAGGCAUUGCACCGGGAAAACCUGCUGAAGCUGGAGGCGGAGCUUCACAAACAGAGAGAGAGAACCAUGGCCCUGUUGGAUGAGAAAGACCAGGAGCUAGAGCACCUUAGGGCUGCCGCUCUGAGCUACAGCCUGACGACACGUGGGCGCAGCGGCAGCAAUGAAGGCGACAAAAUGGCUCAUCACCAUGAAGAAGAUGAACCUGGCCAAGACAUUGAAGGUGACAUCAUUAGUGAAGCUCUGCGUCGAGUGACACCCACUGAGCCCACACUGCUGCUGUACGCCGAACAGCUAGCCAGGAAGGAAGUAGAGACAGGCACGCUGCGUCGGCAGAAGCAUCGGCUGGAGGAGGAUGUCCACCAAAUGCAGGCCAGGCUCAUCGCCAAUGGAGAGCGACAUGAAGAGGAAGUUGCAGAACUACGUGGUCAGCUCGACAAACUGCUGAGGGACCACAGCCGCGAGGGCGCCAACAUGGAGUACUUGAAGAAUGUCAUCUUCAAGUUCCUGACGCUUCAGGAUGGUAGCGGGCGGCAGCAGACGCUCAACGCCAUCCUGACCAUCCUGCACUUCAGCCCACUGGAGAAACAGACUGUGAUGAGGCUGCAGGGGGCGACGUGGUGGAGCAGCACCAAGAGAUGAGACCAAAGACACCUGAAGAAGAAACUGUGGCGUUUGGUACUUCUGAAGAAAGAGUUCACUUUUAUCAUCUGAAUUACAUAAACCAAAACCUGCUUUAAACAGAAACGGGGAGCAAAUUUCCAGCCAAAACUUAGUAAGCAAACAAAACAUCUGCUGCACUUCACUAACAAACAAAUUGAAAAUCUACCUACAGAGUGUACUGAAAGUACCAAAAAUAUCAUUCCAUUGUGUUUGUGCUGAGGAUUUUCUCACUAAUUUACACUCCACGACACCAGGUGGUAACCCCCCCCCCCCCCCCCAACCAAGAAACAGAGCUUUUUAUAUUUAUUUUCAGAAAUUAUAAGGGCCAAAUGUUAAUGGUCACACUAUAUGUAGGGCUGUUUAGUUUAAUAACAAUAUGUAAUUCAUACAUGUAACUUUCAUCUUGGAUAAAAAAAAAAAAUUGCAGUGGGCUGCAAAUUUUGCCAGCAGAAAUGAAAAAAAUGGAUGCUAUUGGAUAAUGGAUUAAUCAGCUGUUUUGUUGCUGCUGAGAUUUGCAUCAUUGUGCUCAUUUAUUUAUUUAGCCAUGAUCAAUGUUACAUGUAUGAAAUUAAGCCCGACAGUCCCAAAUAUAGCACAGGAUAAUGCAAUUUGAUCGUGAUCCAUAAAACAUGAUAUGGUUUGUCAUGUUUUGUGUCUGCAAAGCAACCUUUUUGAGCAUCUAUUAGACAUGUUCUUUUUCAUUUGGUGGGGAAUUAGUUCAACUGGACUGAAUUAGAUGCAAAAAAUUUGAUUUCAGUUGUUUUGGUAGAUAUUGUGAUAUGACUUACAGUUUUAAUUGGAAUUUUAAUGUUUGCAUUUUAUUUACACUAAAGAAAUUCUAAAAGUCUGUGGAUAUAUAUGUGGAUAAUAUAAUUUGUUUUUCCCAGCGCAUCCCUGUAGCACCACAAUGCUUCAUUUAUAGCUGUAUGUUGGCAAAAUUUUUCCCUUAAUCAAAAUUUGCAGCUUCUGUGAUUUGGGUAUUGCAUUUAAUCAUAGAACCAUCUCAAUAAUACAAUUAUUAGUUGCUCAUCCCUAUUUUCCACUUUCCUGUGUAAAAUAACUCCAGUCCGGUUCCUGUCUGUACAUAUGAAUAUAUAAACAUAUAUGAUGAUAUGACUGAGUUUAAUGGGGACAAACUUUGAAUCACAUAUUAUCUCUGAUAUGUAUAUUUUUGAUGCUUUUGUUGAAAUUAAACUAUUUUUCCUGUUUCAACAA